AUGCGCGCCGCCGAUCCAACCUACCCACUCUAUCCCAUCGCCAGUGCCCUGGCUUCAGCGAUGUUGCUGGUAGUACUCAUGAACAGCUUCAUUCGCCAAAGCUGGAACCUGGGUGUCGCUUUUCUCUGCUUCUGGCUUUUCGUCGAGAAUUUCACCGGUACAAUCAACCAUAUCGUAUGGUCCGACAACGCUGCUGUGAAGCUCUACAUCUACUGCGACAUAGUCACCCAUACGCAAUCGAUCACUUACAUCGUCAAACCCAUGGCAACAUUGAUCAUUACACGCCGACUGUACCUGAUUGCUAGCCUUCAGACCGUAGAACUUCCGAACUAUGUGAACCAGGGCAGUCGAUUCAUGGUCACUGAGGGCUUUGGAUGUGCAACAGGCUCUGUACUAUCCAUACUCGAAAUUCUGGUUUUGGAGUCCUGGACUAUCGUUCCUCCCUUGGUCUCCAUCGCAGUCUAUUACCCUAAAGUGGCAAAGACAUACUAUCGCCAGAGAAAAGAUAUCAACAGCUUUCUGCGCAGCAAUCCCUCCGUCUCGCGCACGAAUUAUCUUCGCAUCCUGAUUCUUGCCAGCAUAGAUAUUUUGCUCACAUUGCCAUUCGCAAUUGUGAGUCUCACUCUGGAUAUAGUCCGGGGACUGAGCGACUUCUCGUCAUUUCCUUUCUACUUUGGUUGGACCUUAUUACACACUGCGUGGGAACCGAAAGGUUUUUCUUACGCCGAGCAGCAAUCGUUGGGUACCGCAUAUAUAGCAGCAGCCUACUUCUCUCUCUGGACAUCCCCCGUGCUCGCAUUCGCCAUCUUUGGCCUCUUCGGCCUGACACCCGAAGCACGCGCAUCGUACUGGCGCAUCAUCUGCACCGUUGGAGGCUGGUUUGGAUGGAAACCCACCCUUCGCGCGCGGAACGCACAGGCGUCUGCGGGAGAAAUCGAGUUCGGAGCGCGCGCGCAGGCUACUACUACCGGCACGUCGGGCUUUGAGCUUGAGAUGGGAUCGCGUCCCCCGAGCUUCGUCAAUACGGAGGCGGUCGCCACGAGACAGAACAUCAACGAUGGUCUGGGCGAUGGGUCGGUCCGCGGAUCGGUGACGGACCUGAAGUCGGUUGAGGAAGCGUGUCUCGGGGAGCCUUCGGACGGGAAGGACGUGCAGGGCAACGACUGUCGCGUUACCAGAGCCGCCGAGCCAUCUGAGAGGAUCAAGAGAACGAGCGUCACGAGCUACAGUUCGCUCGAGGGCGCUCAGGCCUUCACCAACGCUGACUACGUUGUGGUAGAUGCGCACGGAAAAGAAGAGGAUGCAUGUGUUGUAUGA